AGAGAGACGAUAGAAUGACAGGGACAGUUUGUGUGUGUGUGAGCGCUGUGGGCGUGUCACGCGCUACGCUUUAAUCCGCGGGAGCGCGCGCAGUUUGCUGUGAGUCUGUCCUCGUUGUGAAGUGAUGCGGCGCGCGCUGGGGCAGCUGCGCUCUGUGGGGAUCAUCGGGGCUCCUUUCAGCGGGGGGCAGCCAAAGGAUGGAGUGCAGUUGGGACCAGACCUGAUCCGGGCAGCUGGACUAGUGAACAGACUCAAAGAGCAGGGCUGUGAUGUAAAGGAUUAUGGGAACCUGGCGUUUGAGAGCGUGUCCAGCGAUGAGCCGGUUGGGUUGGCGAAGAGGCCGCGGGCGGUCGGACGUGCCAACCAACAGCUUGCGGACGCUGUGCGGAGAAUCAAGCAUGAUGGCCACACCUGUGUGAUGCUCGGGGGGGAUCACAGUUUAGCGAUUGGUUCAAUCCACGGUCAUGCAGCCUCUGGAAGUGAGGUGAGUGUGGUUUGGGUGGACGCUCAUGCUGACAUAAACACGCCCCUCACCACUACGACUGGCAACAUCCACGGCCAGCCCAUGUCCUACCUCAUCCACGAGCUGCACAACAAGAUACCUGUCAUACCAAACUUUUCCUGGAUAAAGCCCUGUAUAGCAGCCAAAGAUAUUGUGUACAUAGGACUCAGAGAUGUAGACCCAGGAGAGCAUUACAUUUUGAAGUACCUCGGAAUCAAGACCUUCUCCAUGUCAGAGGUAGAUCGUCUUGGAAUUGCCAAAGUCAUGGAGCAGACCUGUGAUCACAUAUUUACAAAGGUGAAAAAGCCAAUCCACCUGAGUUACGACAUCGAUGCUCUGGACCCCUCAGUGGCUCCUGCGACGGGGACGCCUGUGGUAGGGGGUCUAACAUACAGAGAGGGGGUCUACAUCACAGAGCACAUCUGUCAAACGGACCUGCUGUCUGCUGUCGAUAUCGUGGAGGUGAACCCGAAGCGAGGAAGAACAGAGGAUGAGGUUCAGUCUACAGUGAAUGCAGCGGUGGAUCUCGUCCUGGGAUGCUUUGGAAGAGUCCGCGAAGGAUCGCACCCAGCUGACUACAAAAUGCCUGAUCCAUGAGUGCCUAGAACAUCAACACUGUGCCAUGACAAUAAAAUCUUUCUAAACAAUAA